UUGUUUUAGAUUACAUGCAUUUGGUAUGUCUAGGGGUCGUUAAACGUCUACUGAAUUUCCUGAUUAAAGAUGGUCCAAGACUAUGCAAAUUAUCCAGAAAUCAAAUAACGUUAAUUUCCAGCAAGUUGGUUCAGCUAAAUGGUACACUUCCAUCUGAAUUUGUUCGUCAACCACGAUCACUGAACGAAUUCUGCAGAUGGAAGGCCACAGAAUUUAGACAAUUCUUACUAUUCACAGGGCCAAUUGUAUUAAAAGGUAUAUUGUCAAAGGAAGCCUUUACUCAUUUCCUAUCAUUAUCAAUUGCUAUCAAAAUCAUGUUGGAAUCUAAUGGUGGUAUCAGGUCUGCUUACUUGAAUUAUGCUCAUCAACUUCUGGAAUAUUUUGUGACAAAUUCACAAGAAUUUUAUGGAAAUUAUUUCUGCUCAUACAACGUGCAUAAUUUAAUUCAUCUAUCAUCUGACGUCGAGAAAUUCAACUUGCCCUUAGAUGCCAUGUCGUGCUUUCCAUUUGAAAAUUACUUGCAAAUUCUUUUUUAUGUGCUUACAGACUCAUCCAUCAUGUCACCAGAAGUCAGACCAUUGAUACAACAUCAAAACACAACACCAACACAUACACCACCAAAUAGUUUAAAGAGGAAGCAUGUCAGUCCAGUAAGACAAACACCAUCUGGAUCACAGAAUGCAGGUGGAAGUUCUGGAAACGAUCCCUUUCCUAUGUCGACAGGAAAGUUUCAGAAGAGGGUAUUGUAUCUCCUAACCGAUAUCAGGAAUUUGUUGGGAAGACAAAAUGAAAAAGCAGCAGAGCCGGACACAGCUCAACCACAGGAGCCAUUUGAACUGCUAAAGAGUGUUCAAGAGCUAAUAGAGUUUGAGGAGACAUUAAAAGACAAGUCAAACUAUGAUAGAUUGCUAUCCCAGUUAUCAAGAGUUGGUGGCUCAAAAAUUCGCGAAAAUGUGAAAAAUGUUCUGUUAAAGUGAGUCAAAGCAUAAGUACCCCUUAGAGAAUUUAAAAUGUACUAACCUUUGUUGUGUAGUUUACAGUGGUAGUGGAAAAUCACUUUGUUGUGCCCACAUGCUUCGUUUCAUCUUCUCCAUAAAAAAAUCGUGCACGAGGUCCAAGAAUUAUUUAAUUGAAUGAAUAGUUUACGGAAUGCGGCCCCGCAGCCUAAUGGACUCGCAACUAUAUAUUAAAUGCGCUUACGAUGUCGAUUGUUUUACUUUUAUUCCACUUUCAUUAUAGAAUCAUGAAUAAUGAAGUAAUGUCGGCACUCAACAUGAAAGGGAAGGGAAAAAGUGAAAAGGUUGGGUUUGCAAGGAUGAACUUAUAUAAAGCUGUUGUCGGUUAGUAAAAAAAUCCUAUUCCUAAUAUUCAAUUUAUAUAUGUGCUUGUAAGCGUUUUAGUUUGUUGUUGUUAAUUUAUUUAUUGUCGGUUAAAAUAUGUACAAAUAAAUACAAUAGCUCUUAUUAAAGUGCUAAUCCAAACCGACAAGUUUGUAUUAAGUUUUUCCCGCCAUUUCGAGGGGUCGACGUUCAGGGGGAAAAAUACACAUUAAUCUGAGGAAAUCUAUUUGUCCAGCUGUUGUACUGUAAACUACCUCCAUCAAUAUGUGAUAAGAAUUUUGUUACGUUGUAGAAACUGUUAUCAAACAUCAAAAGAAUGCGACAGAAGGAGAAGUUCGUGCGUGUACGGCAUCAAUCCUUAAAUAUGCAC